AUGGCUCAACUCAACACCAUCGACGCCAAGCUCGAAUCAUAUAUCUUUGUUGACAGCAAGGAGAGCGACGGGGCCAAGAAGGCAAAACAUCAAGAUACAAGCCCCAAGGCGCCCUGCUUGAGCCAUGGACCAAGCAAGACACCAUUUCUCGAUCGUGGGCUGCAGAAGCCACAGGCACAAGACAUAUUCCACGCUCUUUCAGCAGGGUUGAAUGAGCUUGCGGACGAAAAGCAAUGCACCAAAUGUGCCGUGGAAGCCCUCUCAACUCUACUUACGGACCACGUCCGCAAUUUGAGGGCGGCAAAGCAGAAUGGCGAGUGGACUAAGGAAGAGAGAAAAGUGCUCAAGGCAGAAACUAAAGGUCUAUUGAAGCCAGUCAAGAAGCAAAUUAAAAGCCUCUGGAAAGGGAAUUAA